GCAUCAGAACUGUAAAACUCUAUGAGGCACCCACUGAAGAUGAGCUUGAAAGACUUGGCUUUUAUUAUUAUAUUAAUAAUCUCAGGAGAACUCCAUGCAGAAGAAGAGAAACGCUGUGGCUUUCCUAGUGUGGAAAAUGGAAGAAUCGCCCAAUAUUACUACACUUUUAAAAGUUUUUACUUUCCAAUGAGCAUAGACAGAAAAUUGCCAUUUUUCUGCUUGGCUGGUUACACGACUGAAACGGGGAAGCAAGAAGCACAAACGAGAUGCACCGCGCAAGGCUGGGCCCCAGAGCCGCGGUGCUUCAAAAAAUGUGCAAAGCCUGAACUGAGAAACGGUUACAUCUCGGAUGCAAAACUGGUGUACAAAGUUAAAGAGAACAUGCGUUAUGGUUGUGCUUCAGGAUACAAAACCACUGGAGGGGAAGAUGAAGAGGUGGUUCAGUGUCUUGCAGAUGGGUGGUCUUCUCCUCCAGCCUGCAGGCAGCUGCAUGAAACUUGUUUAGUGCCUGAAUUGAACAAUGGAAAUUAUUCCACGAUGCAGAAAACAUUCAAAGUGAAGGAGAGAGUGCAGUAUGAAUGUUCUCCUGGCUACCACACGGCUGGAGGAAAGAAGACAGAGGAAGUGGAGUGUCGCCCACAUGGGUGGUCGGUCACACCACAGUGCACCAAAUUAAAAUGCUCUCCUUUAAGAUUAAUAGAACAUGGUUAUUUCCAUCCUGUAAAGCAAACCUAUGAAGAAGGAGAUGUAAUUCAAUUUUUCUGUCAUGAAAAUUAUUACCUAAGUGGACCUGAUUUAAUUCAGUGUUACAACUUUGGCUGGUACCCAGAAUCUCCUGUGUGUGAAGGAAGAAGAACUCGAUGUCCUCCUCCACCUGUGCCUCUGAACGCCAAAGUUCAAACACAUUCAACAACCUACCGUCACGGAGAAACAAUGCACAUACAAUGUGAACUACAUUUCGAGAUCCAGGGGUCAGAAGAAAUACGCUGUGAAAACGGAAAAUGGACAGAACCUCCAAAAUGCGUUGAAGAAAAGGAGAAGGUAGCCUGUGCGCAGCCACCUGUCAUUGAGAAUGGUGCAGCAAACCUGCACUCCGAGACUUACUACAGUGGGGAUACAGUGACAUACAGAUGUGAAAGUGGCUACCAUCUCCGUGGAGCAAAUGAGAUAACUUGUAACCGUGGGAAAUGGACAGCUCCCCCUGAAUGUGCUGAAAAUAAGGAACAUUGUAAGCCUCCACCCAAUGUAACCAAUGGAGCUGUUGUCAAUGAGUCACGGCUGAGUUACACAUCAGGAUCCUCAGUGGAAUACAGAUGCAAUGAAUAUUACUUACUGAGGGGAUCAAAAAUAUCUCAUUGUGAGCAAGGAAGAUGGUCACCUCCACCUGUUUGCUUGGAGCCAUGUACAGUUAGUGUGGAUGACAUGAACAGGAAUCACAUCGAGAUGAAGUGGAAAUAUGAAGGCAAGGUCUUACACGGUGAUUUAAUAGAUUUUGUGUGUAAACGGGGAUAUGACAUAUCUCCAUCAACCCCACUGUCAGAAUUAUCUGUGAAGUGCAACAGAGGAGAAGUGAAAUACCCCUUGUGCAUUAAGAAAGAAUCUACAGGAAUGUGUGUAUCCCCUCCACUUAUUAAACAUGGAGUCAUUAUUGGUUCAAUAGUAGGCACCUAUGAAAAUGGCUCCUCAAUAGAAUACCGAUGUUUUGAUCAUUAUUUUCUACAAGGAUCUAGGGAGGUGUAUUGUGUAGAAGGAGUGUGGACGACACCACCGCAGUGUUUAGAGCCUUGCAUAUUAUCUUUUGUUGAAAUGGAAAAGAAUAAUUUACGCCUGAAAUGGGAUUUUGACAAUAGGCCUCAUAUUUUCCAUGGAGAGUAUGUUGAGUUUCUUUGUACAAGAAAUAGUUACAUAGCUGAGGCAUCUAUUCUUGGAUCUGAACUCAGAGUUCAGUGUGUCAGAGGGCACUUAAAAUACCCAAGAUGCAUUGCGAGAGAAAGUAUUCGGUCUUACCAACAACCAUUACAGACAUAAAGCAAAUGGCAGAAAGAAGAAUAGCUCCUAGAUGUAAACCCAUGGAAAAUCACUUCAACAUCUCAUAAAAAUCCCUUAUAAAAGUUAAUUUUUAGAAGAAAUGUUAAAAAUUCCAUUUUCACUUUUUUGAAUAUUUGAAACUACAUUGUUUGUGCUAAACAUUUUCUUUAUUUAUAAAUAAAGGCCAAAAAUAUUUCA